UCCAUUUAAUUGACAACCCCAGGUCGCAGGAGUUUUUUUUGUGUCCUGUGGAGGUUCGCGCCUGGUACGCUGUGUCCUUUUCAUUUAUUUCAUGAAAAAUGUAUAACAACUUAGAAAAAUGUCCGUGUUCUGUUUAAUUUUGACUUGUGUUGUUAGUGCACAGUGUUUCCCGACAUCAUUCCGAAGUGAAUCUAUUUACUCAAGUUUGUUUACAUUGUUAAAAGGCUUCGGAAAUCACUAAAACCCGCAGGACGUCAUAGAAUAUUAAUAGAAACUGAGGAAUGAGAGCGGAAUUUCUAAUUCUUCCCAAUAAGCAAUAAUAAUAACACCUGAGAACGCUCGCUACAAACAAAAAUGACGAAAGAAAAUUAUCGACAAUAAGCAGAAAGAAAUAGGUCAAAAAAUUUGUGUAUAGUCGACGAGCAUUUUUUGUUUCAUGGGGUCAUAAACAUACACAAAGAGCGAAAUUGUAUAUUUAAAUAACAAUGCAUUGUCAGUGAAACAAAUUUGUGUUAAUUGUCUCUUUCACUAUUGGAAUUGGAAACUGAACAGAGAAAGGAAUAUAAUUUAGUCAAACUUUCUAGAUAUGAGUGAUAAUGAUGAGACAGACUCGGAAUUGGAUCCAAGAAUUCAGAUAGAAUUGGAAAAAUUGAACACCACUACUGAUGAAAUUAAUAAAUUAGAGAUUGAAUACGAUGAAGCAAAUACAACAUUUCGCAUGCUCCUCAAUGAAUCCACCAGAAGAUUGAAAUUGUUAACAAAGAAACUGGGAAGUUGUAUUGAGAAAGCAAGACCGUACUAUGAUUUGUUGGAUAUUGCCAGGAAACAACAGAAAGAAUGCCAAGAAGCGGCAUUACAAUAUCAAAAAGCCAAUGGAAUACAUGCAGCUGCAAAGGAAACCGUAGCAUUAGCUGAACAAAGAUUUCUGACUAAUCAACAUGAAUGGCAGUUUGAUAAUGCUUGGCAAGAAAUGCUUAACCAUGCUACAAUGAAGGUUAUGGAAGCAGAGACUCAGAGAGCCGAAAGAGGCAGAGAACAUCAAAUCAAAGCCUGUAUUUAUAAAGAAACUGAAGAACACUUGAAACAGCUUGAAGAAAGACUACAAAAGUUUAUUGUAAAAUCUAGGAUGUAUUUCGAUGAAAAAGCUCUCUGUCAGGAACAACUGAAUACUCAGAAACACCGAAUCGAAUCCAUCAAAGAAGAAAUAAUCAAAACGAAGAAUUUCUACUCGCAAACGUUGAAAAACCUGGAAAAAAUCUCCAACGAAAUCCACAUGAAGCGCCAAGGCAAACAUAUGGACGAAGAUAUGUUGGCCAGACCCAGAGAACCCGGAGUCGGUGCCGAAUUGAACCCGUCGUUCGAGGAAACGCCCACUCGCAGACCGAAACACAUGAGUUCUUUGCCGGAUAUAACGGCGGAGCUAGAUAGGUGCGAAGUUUGCAGCGUGGCGACGACCAGUUCGGCGGUGAGCGAGAAGGAUCCGUCGGAGAACGUGUAUGCUGAUCUGGAAGAAGUGAAAGCAAUAUUAAAGGACAUGAAUCUGAGGCCGGACAAGGCGGAAGGUAAGAACGAAGACGUCUUUGUAUCGGAAUUUUACAUAGGCAACAUCGCAUCGCCUGGGAAAUCGAAAAAUUCCAGUCCAAGACACCUUCCUAAAGUCGACAGUAACGAUACAAAUAUUACAUUUCCUAUAGGCAAAUUUUAGAAUCAUAAUAGUAUUAGUAUAGUACCUUAUGAUGAGAAAAAAAGCGUCAUGAUGGCCUUUGAAAUUAAUUACUGAAUUUCAAAAGCCACCGUGACGCCGUUUUUUCGAUCGCACGGUAUAUUAAACACAUGUAGGCAAUACGUACCUUUUUAUUUGUAUGUAUAUGAGCUUUAUCUUAUUUUUAUAUGAGUCUUCGUUGCAAUAAGGUUGUUUAUAUUUAUUUUAUUAGCUUGAAAAGUAGAUUGAACAUAAUAUUCCAGUAUAUAUAUUUCGUUGGUCGUGUACAAAUUUGAGUUUAUUUGGUAUUUUUAUAUUUUUUAAAUUAUUUACUAUAUACAAAAUAGAGAAAAUAUCAUAAUAUUUAUUAUUAAACAAGGGACUCAAAAAGAAUCUUUAUUUAUUUUUAAGAAAAUAAUAGUGCAUAACAUUUGGAGGAUUUAAAAAAUUGCAUCAUCAAAUAUCAAAGGUUUCUUCCAUUCUUGCCUCAUUUAGAUUAGUAAAAAUACAUUUUAUUAUUAAGAAAAUAGUUAUAUAGAAUUUAUUGAAGGACUAUGCCGUAAAAAUCAGCCAAAAAAAAUUUAGUUGUUAAUAAACUAACUAUUUAUCAUUACAAAUUAUUUUCAAGAAAUAAAAACACAGAAUUAGUGUUAAACAUAGUUUUUCUUCUAUGUAUAUCAAAUUCAUAGUACAAACUUGUUAUUUUUUAAUUUUAUUGAAAUCACCCUGUAUCUAAUACAUAUUAACUAAAUAAA